AUGCGACCAAUUUCGGAGCUCUUAUAUUUAGGAAGAUACUACAAAAAUGUUGGGAAGUCAUGGUAAGCAAUCCUAUUUUAUCUAGGAGUCCUUUUAUCACGGAAAUCGGGAGACUUCAGAAUACCCGGCCCCCUCGAAGCGAUAUCAACUGCUCCUGUAGUUCUGAAGUGAUCAAGUAUGGUAAUAAAAUUACGUGUUUCCAGUUCACAGACCUGUUGUGCAGGCAAUAAAACUAUUUAAAUCGGUUAUUUGAACGACUGCCUCCGCAUUCCCGCAGUAGUCGAUGAAUCUUCUAAAAUCAAGUAACUCAAAGGACUGCUAACGCAGUCCCGUCUUAAAAAGCAGCUGUAAAAAGUCCUGUGGUCGAUAAAUCUAUUAGUCAGCUAUUCCUCAAUCCUGUAGUCAACAUGUGAGCUUAUAUAAAUAAGUUUACUUCAUUUCAUAUAAAAGUUUAACAGAAUGAAGAAUGACACAAGUAGAGCUGGAAAUGACCAGAUUUGAAGGCUUAAAGAAGGAAGAAUGAUAUGAUAUGUAAAUUUUGACGAUUGUAGGACUGCGGUAGGAACUUGUAAAAAGUGGCCAGCUAUUCUGACAUUUAAGGAAUUCCAACCCUCCCUGUUUGAUUGGGAGUCUCCUAAUUUGUUGUGUUGCCUCUUGUUCUUCUGAUUUUUGUUUAAUUCUCCUUAUUUAUCAUGAAAUUCUGAACAAGUUUUUUUGGUUUUUUGUGCGAUCUGAGGGUAGAACAUUACAUAACACUUUCCUCACAUAUAAUGUCUUAUAGAAUAACUCAGAAAUGGUAGCAAAAUGCAGGAAACGGUACUUGAGAAAAUCUAACUUUCCGAAAUUUAGCGGGAGCAAGCCCCCAGAACUCCGUGGACACUUGCGCCUUUGACUCCGGAAAUGGCUUCUUGAGUUUGCAUUUAGCCAGGAAUAAUUCUCCUACCAAACAGGCUCUAAGCUUCCACUCCCCAAACAAGCUACAAAGCAUGGAAAUGAGCUAUCCACUUGCUACCUACGCAAACUAGCCACCAAAAUAGUGUAUAUUUUGUAGUUGAUGAUUUUAUUAAUUCAAGUUAGUAGAACAGUAGCUCCUGUAGUCAACAGAUAAUGACUCAGUCAAUUUCAAGCAUGGAUUUGUCAGAAAACCACUGCGCAGGGGUGGAGCAUUUGUCAAUUCUUCUAGAAGCGGUUAACGUCGUUCCUUUUCCAACGUGUCACUUAAAAAUAUGCUUAUAUAGAUAGGUUUAGACAGGGUUCUCAAUAGAAGGCAGCACCCGGCGAUUGAUCGCCGCUUACUUUGAGAUUUAUAGCCGCUUACUUUGUGUUUAAGUCGCUUUUCUUUGCUUUGUUUUGACACCUCUGGCUUUGCUGAAGAGCCUCCUACUUUAUCAGUGAUCACCUCCUAUUUAAAAAUCUAUUGAGAACCCUGUUUAGAUAUUUCUAUAAAAAAUAUUUUUUAUGCUCUAAAAAGAUACUUGUGAUUUUCACUCCAUCACCUCCCUACCGCACAGUAUUUUUUGCGUCCACCUAAGAAAUUGCUUCCCACUAUCGUGAUCAGUUCACACAUGUAGGAAAAACAAUCAAUGUAUCGUUUGAAGAGUUUAAAGAAAAAGACAAUGAUUUCUUUGUGCGUAAAUAGUUGAGGCAGAAAAAAAAAUUUUGUGAGACAUUUAAAAGCUAAUAUAAACUUUGUCAAUUGCACGAUCAAUGCAACAAUUAAUACGCUGUCAAAACGGUUCUAUGGUGAUGAGAAAAUACACUCAUUUUAAGCUGGUCUGUUGUUUGUUUAUCAUUCACUAUAUUAAAUAUCUUUGAAAAUAGGAAAGGUAUUAUUAAAAUUCUAGUUUAUAGUUCAGUCAAUGGUCAUUGAUAUUAAUCACCUCAAUGUGAUCUUUUUUGCAAUAUUUGUAACUAGCGGCUAGGAGCGAUUUGCACACGGUGCUUCACACGUUUUGAUCAAAUUAUUACAGAUUUCCCACAAAUAUGUAGCCUGCGAAAACAUCCGUUUCUCCUCGCUCUUCGUCGCUGGGGACGUUUUGCGUGGAGGAACGUCUGCGACCCAGCGACAGAAAUUCCAUACAAACAAAAUUGAACAAAGUCAUAUUUGGAACCCCAUGGCUACCGGAUUUAUUAUGUAAACAUUUAUUUGCGUCAUCAGUAUGGGCUUUCUGUCACUGAGCCACAGAUGUUCCUCUGCGCGAAACGUUCCCAGCGGCGAAGAGCAAGGAGAAACGGUUGUUUUCGCAGGCUAACAAAUACAGUCGAACCCCGCUAUUUCGAAGUCCCAAGGGAAAUGAAAAAAAGUUCGAAAUAGCGGGGCUUCGAAAUGACCGGGGAAGCGUAAAGGGGAAGGGUAAAUCCAAGGGCAUUCGAUCUUCCUUCGAAAUAGCGGGGACUUCGAAUUAACCGAGUUCGAAAUAGCGAGGUUCGACUGUAUGGUAUUUGCAGCUUAUUUACAGGAAAAUGCAAUUGUGGUGUUGUCGUGGGAUGGGGCAUUUGCACACUAAUAUUAAGCCCCACCAUGCUGUCUUUGUUUGAACCACCUGGCCCCACCAUGGGGCAUUUGCAGCUUUUCCAAAACAAAAUGACAAAUCCCCGUGGAGGGGAGGGGGGAUGGGCACUCUUGGAAUUGACUGAGCCAUAAGUUUAAGUUACACACAUCCAAAGAUAUUAAGCAAGUUGUGGCAAUAUGGAUAAGAGUGCUCUAAGGUUAGUUUUGUUGGAGGAUUUUAACUUAUUCACCCCUGGAGAUUUUGCCAGAAAACGCGUUUUGAAGCUUGUCCAGCGGUUUUCUGGCCACCGUUGUGCUAUAAAGAGCUAAAACUUACACAAAGUCAUUUACAGGUUGUACACUUUGUGGCCUUCUGAUCCAGAUGCAAAAUUUUAGUGUGUGAAGUUUGGGCGUGCACAGAAAGCAAAAUUUCGAGAUUUUGGGGGUCGUUACUUUCAGAUGGCUAAGACAUAUGGUCCACAUGGGCACUUCAAAAAUUAAAAUUGCAAAAAAUAUGAAAGGCAUACUUUUUAAAAAAAGGUAUUGUAUAUCCUGUACUUAGAGUUAUGAAUGGGAAUGUCAAUUAAGCAUUAUUAGUAAACCUCUGUACUUUUGGAGGGUCAUUUUUUUCAGGGGGAACGCUACUUUUGGGAUUUGCUAACACCUGUGGUGUUUUAUCGCUACUUUCAGAGGUUUGCUACUUUCAAGGGGCCAUUACUUUCGGAACUUUACGGUAUUACUCUGAGGAAUGUAUCAUUUUUUAAAAUAACAAAUAUUCAACAAAUGCUAUGGAAACUUGGCCUCUCCAUGCUACAAUGUAUAUAAUUUAUACACUGCUUUUAUUAUCACAUUUGUGUAGGGUUCCAACAGCAGCUGCAUGGACAACAGGAGCGGCAAUUGCAUUUUUGUUUGUUUCAGACUGGAAGGUUGUGACAAAGAGAAUUCCUUUUAUCAAGGACAAAUACGAUCACGAAAUUCCUAAGUAA